CUCUCCCUGGUUUCAGGCUGAAGUUCAAAGUUCCUUAAUGAUGCGUUGCAUUGUGGGAAUUGCUGUCUCUGAACUCAGGAGCCAGUGUUGAAACAUUCACUUUAGGACUACAAGUACCAAGUAUGACCGUUUACUGUACACAGUUCGGUUUGUUUUAGUUUCUACGGACAGCGCUUUGUCGUAAGGGAUUAAAGUCCAGAACGGCUCGUUAACCUGGCAGUUAUAAGUCUUUGACCAGCUGCCAAAACCUGGAGCGACCCCUCCCCAGAGGUCUGCGCUUCACCAGCUCCCCCUCCCAGAGCCGCCUCUUGCCUCAUAGCUGUUAUAACGGAGCGGAGAAACUGGCCUGCUAGCUAGCAAGCAAGCUAAGGUUUCCCCCAUGUCCUCUGAGGAAGCGUUCAGUUCACCGAUUGUAGAUUGGCUCUUCGUCCAUUCCUGGUGGCUCUUUUUACCUUUCAUUAUGCUUCUUGUCGUAGCUGCCUUCAUUGUUGCUUUUGUGUUAUUGCUGUACAUGAUAUCGCCUCUCAUAAGCCCCAAACCUCUGAAGCUGAACGGGGCCCACGUCGUGGUGACAGGAGGCUCCAGUGGGAUUGGGAAAAGCAUCGCAGUUGAGUGCUACAGACAAGGAGCAUUCAUCACCCUGGUCGCUCGAGACGAGGAGAAAUUACUAAGAGCAAAGAAAGAGGUGGAAAAAUAUGCCAUCAACGACAAGCAGGUGGUGCUCUGCGUAUCAGUGGAUGUUUCCAGUGACUACACGCAGGUGGAAAAUGUGAUAAAACAGGCUCAGGAGAAGCUCGGGCCUGUCGACAUGCUUAUAAACUGCGCUGGAACGUCCAUUUCUGCAAAGUUUGAGGAAAUGGAGGUGGAGCGCUUCAAGGAAAUGAUCGAACUGAACUACCUGGGCAGCGUUUAUCCGACUCGAGCUGUGAUAACCACCAUGAAGGAGCGAAGAAUGGGCCGCAUCAUGUUCGUGUCGUCCCAGGCGGGUCAGAUCGGCCUGUUUGGGUACACUGCCUACUCUGCAUCCAAGUUUGCGCUGCGUGGCUUGGCAGAGGCACUGCAGAUGGAGGUAAAGCCCUACAAUAUCUAUGUGACUUUGGCAUUCCCACCCGACACGGACACUCCACUACUGGCUGAAGAGAACAAAUCAAAGCCGUUAGAGACCAAAUUGAUCUCUGAAACCUCUGGAAUUUGGCAGCCUGACCAAGUGGCCAAAAUCUUUGUCAGGGAUGCGGUGCAAGGAAAUUUUAACAGCUCAGUUGGCCCAGAUGGUUACAUGCUAUCAGCUCUCACCUGUGGAAUGUCACCUGUCACCUCCAUCACAGAAGGCCUCCAGCAGAUUGUCACAAUGGGGUUGUUUCGGAGUAUCGCCCUCUUCUACCUGGGGAGUUUUGACAGCAUCGUACGCCGCUGCAUGAUUCAGAGGGAGCAAUCGAAAGAAGCCGACAAGAGGGAGUAACCGCAGCCUUAACGUCCUCACAGCCCAGUACUGCUCCUCUUCCUCUGCAGCUUUGUCCUCCGUCUUUACAAAUGUACACAGUUGGGGUGGGAAUGCACAUGCAAGCCAAACGUUUAAUAUCAUCUCUGAAGAACAGAAAAAUAUAGUGUAUUAUGUUUACUUUCUGAUGAUAUCACUUCUUCUUAAACUUUAAGUUUUACAUUCUCUGCCCUCUUUGAACAGGGAAUACCUUUGUUUAAAUGUGAAUUCCUCGUUUUAGGAAUGGAAAGGAGAAGGGGCAGACUAAACAUUGCAGUUUUUAUAAUACGUGAUUCCUUUGAAGCACUGAGUCACACUAGUGCUUUUUUUUUUUUCUUCCCUCCUUGCAUAGAGAAGCAGAAGACAGCUUGACUAGUUGUACCAAAUAUGGCUUAAAAUUCCUUCCUACUGCGAGCUAUAAUGUAAAACAGAAAGUAAGCUUACACUUUCAGUCAUCUUGUUACAUUAUACCACAGAAGUAUCUCCACUUUAUACUGAGAAUUUUACAGUUUUCACUAAAUAGGUUUUGUACCUCAAGUCUUUGCAGGCAAAGCACCUUCCCUUUUUGACUGAAUGGCCUCUGACUGGAACUCUGUGGGGGGUUUUUGCCGUAUGAUGUUUUGUCUUUGUGCUUUGUGUGUGUACUAAGCUGUGAAGUGAUCUAACUGUAUUC